AUGGCCCCGAGCUCCAGCCCGAACGGCUCUGAGCCCCUGGGUGCUGGGGCCAGUGAGUGCCUGGGGUACCUGACUGCUCAGAACCGGUCGGCCCGGAACAGCACCGCGGGGGCCCACGUGACCCAGCCAGACCCCCAGCACCUCCUGAUCAGUGCCCAGCAGCAGGAGCCCGACUACGUGGCCAUCCCCGUCACCGUCUUCUACAGCCUGCUCUUCGUCUUCGGGCUCCUGGCCAACGGGCUGAGCGUGCUGACGCUGCUGCGGAGCGGGCGCAUGAGGGCGAGCGCCGUGCGCUUCUACCUGCUGAGCCUGGCCACGGCCGACGUGCUGAUGCUGCUCACCGUGCCGGUGACCCUGUACCGCUACUUCUGGCAGUACUACCCCUGGGCUCUGAGCGACGCCGUCUGCAAGCUCUACUUCAUGGCCCGCCAGCUGUGCUGCGCCACCACCAGCUGGACCAUCGUGGCCUUCACCACGGAGCGCUACGUGGCCAUCUGCCACCCCAUGUGGGCCAUCACCGGCCUGCGGCAGUCCCGCAUGGCCUACCUGCUGGCCCUUAUUUGGCUGCUGGCCCUCCUGAGCUCGGUGCCCCUUACCGUGGUCUAUGGACAGGCGUCAGCCUGCAUCCUGGACUACACCUCCACCCGCCGGGAGAAGAGUGUCUUUCUCUCCACCGUCUGCGAGAUGCUGGAGCCCGAGCCGUACGUCAUCUACAGGAGCAUCAUCGAAGCGCGCAGUGUCCUCUGCUUCCUGCUCCCCCUGGCUGCCAUCGUCACCUUCCACCUCCUCAUCUUCCGCCACCUCAGCCAGACCCGCCGGCAGCGGGAGGAGAUGGGGCUGACCCACCCCUGCUCAGGGGGCUUCUCCGCGCAGGUCAACCAGCCCCCUGGGAGCCUGCCUCCGUCGGAGAGGAAGGCCCGGCACCUCAUGG